AUGAACCCAUUCAAAGGUGUUUCUGGUGGGAGUUGCAAGCGCAAGACAAAGUCGGCAAAGGUCGAAGUCAAGCAAGAGCCUGGUAUUAAAGAAGAACCCAAUCGCGCUGACGAUGUCAUGGACAUACCACGGCCGCGAGUUGAUGGAAGAUAUCGAGUGAAUUACGAAAUACCGCUCGACUUUGACUAUGACUUCGAUCAGAUCAAAGAUGAAACCAAAUGCGAGGAAGAAAAGGCAGGUAAAGACAAAGACUCUACAUCAUGUGAACGAUCGGAUGAAAGUGCCGCCAGCGAUGAUGAAAACGAAGAGCCUAUGAGUGGCGUAAUGGAUGGUCAACCACACACACCAGUCGGCAUCGGGAAGAAACAGAAUGAAAGCUCCGAACGACGAAACAAACGAACGAUUCCCAGGAAUCGAGCGGCCAAAAUGUCAAAGAAGCACAAAUGUCAUGUGUGCAAUCAUUUAGCACGUGACAAGUCUGAACUCAUAAGACACUUGCGAACUCACACUGGAGAAAAGCCGUUUCAGUGUGAUGUUUGUUCGAAGACUUUUGCACGAAAAGAUGCUCUGAACGAGCAUAAGAAAACGCAUGGCCAAUUUCGUUGCGCAAAAUGUAAACAAGGAUUUGAACAAGAAUCAGACAAGAUUGACCAUGAAAGACUAUGCAAUCCCCAGCAAUUUGAAUACGAUUUUUGCGGAUAUCACACUGUGGUGAAAUCCAGUUUGACAGUUCAUAUGCGUACUCACAGCGGAGUAAAGCCGUUCGAGUGCUCAAUUUGUUUCAAAUCUUUUGCAAUCAACUCUGCUCUCCGAAGUCAUUCAAUGACUCACAUCAAUGGACCGCCAAAUGAAUGUUCAAAAUGUGGCCGACGAUUUGCCACUCCGGAAGAUAAGCAAACUCACGAAACGCGCUGCCAACGAAGCCUUUUCGCAUGUAAUCAGUGUCAUUACAAAACCGUUCACAAGCAUAGCUUGAAGCCGCACAUGCAAUCAAUGCACGGAGCAAAACGAUCGAUAGAAUGUGGAAUUUGCAGCGAACCAUUUGUCAAAUGGAUGGAUUUAAAUCGUCAUUUGUCAUCGGCACACAGCGAUCAAUUCCCAUUCCAAUGCUCCAAGUGCUUCGGAGGAUACGCAACCGAAGAUGCGAAAGAGGUUCAUGAAGACAUCUGUGGCCACCGCCGGUAUCAAUGCCAUUUGUGCAAAGAGCCACGUCGAUACAAACAAAAAUUGAAGACACACAUGCGAAAAGACCACACCGGAGAGCGCAUUCAAUGCGAAGUGUGUGCAGUCAGUUUUGUCCAGAAAGGUUAUGCCGAUCGACACAUGAAGACAGUCCAUCAUUUGGUAAAGAAAUAA